AUGCAAUGCGUUUUGCUUGUUCGAGAUUCUCCUCGUGCACUUGCAUUGCAACCCUCACAUAAUUACCACUCGGAUCCAGACGUAUCAAAUUCUGCAUUAGUCUUUGAAAAUACCCAUAAAACCUAUGACCUUCAACGUCCUCAAUGCAAUGUCACACUUGUAAAGGACACCGAAUUUAAUAUAAGCGAAUAUCGACAACUUUGCCCAAGGCCUGUAUAUGGCUGUCUUGGGUUACUCCAAGUAGAAAAAGAUAUGUUUUUGGCAGUAGUAACAGAUUGUCAACAUAUUGGAGAAAUUAGACGUGGAGAGUCAGUACAUCGAAUAUCCGACGUAGAAUUUUAUUCACUCACAAACAGCUCUUACGAUUCUGUGUCAAACUCAUAUGCCUCUACUCGAUUAUAUGAUGAGGACGGGAUAAUGAUUCCACACAGUGAACAACCAGUACAAAAUUAUAUAAAUUUAUGUGCGCCACUCAAAAAGUUAUUAUCAAAUGGACAUUUCUAUUUUUCAUCAGAUUUUGAUCUCACAAGAACUUUGGCUGCAAGAAUAACGAUGACAGCAGCAGAUAAAUAUUUUUUUGAUGAUAAUUUCUUAUGGAAUAAAUAUAUGAUUAAAGAGUUAUUGAAUUUUCGAUCCAAACUAAGCAAAUCAAAUCAGGAAGAUAUGGAUCGAUGUGGAUUUUUGGUACUUGCUAUUCAAGGAUAUAUCGGUAGGCAAGAAACAAUUAUAGGGUCAAUGCCAGUAUCUUUAUCAGUUAUAUCUAAAUUAAGUUGUAAACGUGCUGGCACGCGGUACAACACUCGCGGAAUUGAUGACGAUGGGAAUGUUGCGAACUUUGUAGAGACCGAAACUAUCUUGCAAAUGCCUACUUCUUGUUUCUCGUAUGUGCAAAUUCGUGGCAGUGUUCCUGUGUUUUGGGAACAACAAGGUCUCCAAGUUAUGUCGCAUAAAAUUCAGAUUUCUCGUGGACCUGCGGCGACACAGCCAGCAGUCGAACGGCAUUUCAAUGAAUUACAGAGUAGAUAUGGUGAUGUAGAUGUAAUCAACCUCCUUGGUAUAAAAGAGGGUGAAUCAGUUUUAAGCAAAGAAUAUAAAGAGCGUGUUAAUGAUUUAAAUGGAAACGGCAUCGAGAAUCGUGUGCGCAUGACAAAUUUCGACUUCCAUACUGUUUGUAAAAGUGGAAGUUAUGAAAACGUAUCCUUAUUGUUAAAUAAAAUUCGAGAAAGAUUGGAGUCUUUUAAUUUUUUUGUGUUGGAUAUGGAAACGAAUUCGCCCAUAUUCUAUCAAAAGGGUGUUUUUAGAACGAACUGUGUGGAUUGUUUGGACAGAACCAAUGUUAUUCAAACAAUUAUUUCAAAAACUAUAUUAGACUUGUAUCUUCUACAAAUAGAGUCUUUCCCGAGAAAUGACACGGACAGUCUCUUUUCUCGGCAUUCUUACUUAUGGGCCGAAAAUGGAGACAGUUUGUCAAAAAUUUAUGCAGGAACGGGGGCUCUUAAGUCGGAGUUUACCCGUAGCGGAAAGCUUACUUGGUCAGGCGUUCUAGGAGAUGCGACCAAGUCUGUAAAUAGGUUUUAUAUUAAUAACUUCCAAGAUAAGUCAAAACAAGAAGUUAUCGAUUUACUACUUGGAAAAUUAAUGUAUCAAAAAGUAAUCGAGAUACACGACCCAGUUCACGAAUUAGUAUUGGAGGAUAUACAAAAAAGGAUAAACGACUAUUCUUCGAAAUCUACAAUAAAUGUAUUCGUAAGUUCAUAUAAUCUUAACGGACGUCUGCCACAUGGAGAAUCAUUGUCUUCUUGGCUUUUUUCCUUUGACUAUCAUAAUCCGGAACCCGAACUUUUUGUUAUUGGAUUCCAAGAGAUUGUUGAACUAAUGCCCCAGCAGAUUGUUUCAGCAGAUCCUGAAAAACUACGAAUUUGGGAAAAAGAGAUAAGCGAAACAUUAGAACGUCGACCUAAUAAACGUUCUAAUUAUGUCAUAUUGAGAUCCGGCCAACUUGUUGGAACAGCUCUUGUUAUAUACGCAAGAGCAGAUAUAGUAUCCAAUAUACGUAAUGUGGAAUAUAUAAUGAAAAAAACUGGAUUGGGUGGGAUGGCAGGAAAUAAAGGAGCUGUUGCUAUUAGACUUGAUUUCCAUGACACGAGUAUAUGUUUUGUUACUGCACAUCUAGCUUCUGGGCAUUCUAAUUGGGAAGAAAGAAAUAGAGAUUACAAAACAAUACACGAUGGUGACUUCAAUUAUCGAAUAUCCUUGGGCAACGAGGAGGUUCGAAACCUCAUAACAGUUAAUGACUUUCAUAAAUUGUUGAAAGCCGAUCAGUUAACUAAACAAAUCGAAUGGGGUCAGGCAUUUACCGAUUACAUAGAAGGUCCUAUAACUUUUUAUCCAACCUAUAAAUUUGAUAAUGGCACCGAUAAUUAUGAUACAAGUGAGAAAGCUCGGGUCCCGGCUUGGACCGAUCGAAUACUAUAUAAUGGUGAUACGAUUAAACAAAUUGGUUAUUCGCGAGCUGAAAUAAGGUUGUCAGACCAUCGGCCUGUAAUGUCUUCAUUUGAUAUUGAAGUAAUCAAAUAUGAUGAAGCCGCAAAAGAAAAGAUACGAAGAGAUUUAUAUUUCGAGAAAUUGCAGCUUGUAUCACAAGUCAAUUCGAAUUUUAUUAACAGUUCGUCAAAUGAAGAAGAUAAAUGGGAUAAAUUAUCAAAGAAUGUCAGACAUGUCAACAAUCCAUUACUAGUAGAUAAAUCUGGGAAUGGAACUAUUAAAAGGAAACUUGCAGACAACAAAGUUGAACCUGUUGUUGGUGUUUUGAUCGAUCUUGACGAAAAUAACAACAGAAAAGAGGAAGACUUGCCGCCUCCAAGUUCGGAGACAUAUCAAUGGUGGAUAAAUGAUUCAGCUUCUUCUGAAACAUCACUGAUUGUCGAUAAGCAUGAUAUUGAUAAGGAAUUCCGUAAUAUUUCUAGUAAUCCGUUUCACGAAAACUUUGUGCAAAAAACAACAAUAACUUCAAAUCAAAAAUCUACACCUAAUAAUAAAUCAAACCCUUUUUUGGAUGAGGAUGAUGAAUUUUUAUCAUGUGUUCCAAACUUUGAGGAUAAUUUAGGUAAUUAA